AUGGCUUUACAAGCAUUGAGAAAGGAGAAAUCCCGAGAUGCUGCUCGCUCCCGCCGGGGAAAAGAAAAUUUCGAGUUCUAUGAAUUGGCCAAGUUGUUGCCUCUUCCUGCAGCCAUCACUAGCCAGCUUGACAAGGCGUCCAUAAUUCGACUUACCAUUAGCUAUCUGAAAAUGAGGGACUUUGCUAACCAGGGGGACCCUCCGUGGAACUUGCGAAUGGAAGGCCCUCCCCCUAACACAUCAGUCAAAGUUAUAGGUGCACAAAGAAGGAGAAGCCCCAGUGCCCUGGCCAUUGAAGUAUUUGAAGCACAUUUGGGAAGUCACAUUUUGCAGUCCCUGGAUGGCUUUGUAUUUGCACUAAAUCAAGAAGGAAAAUUUUUGUACAUUUCCGAAACAGUCUCCAUCUACCUAGGCCUCUCACAAGUGGAGCUGACAGGCAGCAGCGUCUUUGACUAUGUCCACCCCGGGGACCACGUGGAGAUGGCGGAGCAGCUGGGCAUGAAGCUCCCGCCCGGGCGGGGGCUCCUCUCGCAGGGCACCGCUGAGGAUGGAGCCAGCUCAGCAUCUUCCUCCUCCCAGUCGGAGACGCCCGAGCCAGUGGAGUCAACCAGCCCCAGUCUGCUAACCACUGACAACACCCUUGAGCGUUCCUUUUUCAUCCGAAUGAAAUCUACUCUGACCAAACGUGGCGUGCACAUCAAAUCAUCAGGAUAUAAGGUGAUUCACAUAACAGGCCGCCUACGACUGAGGGUGUCGCUGUCCCACGGGAGGACCGUCCCCAGCCAAAUCAUGGGUCUCGUGGUUGUGGCUCAUGCCUUGCCUCCCCCUACGAUCAAUGAAGUCAGAAUUGACUGCCAUAUGUUCGUCACUCGAGUGAAUAUGGACCUCAAUAUCAUUUACUGUGAAAAUAGGAUUAGUGAUUAUAUGGAUCUGACGCCUGUAGACAUCGUAGGGAAGAGAUGCUACCACUUCAUCCACGCAGAAGACGUCGAGGGCAUCAGGCACAGUCACCUGGACUUGCUGAAUAAGGGCCAGUGUGUGACGAAGUACUAUCGUUGGAUGCAGAAGAAUGGAGGAUAUAUUUGGAUACAGUCUAGUGCCACCAUAGCUAUUAAUGCCAAGAACGCCAAUGAGAAGAAUAUCAUCUGGGUGAAUUAUCUUCUUAGCAACCCCGAGUACAAGGACACGCCCAUGGACAUCGCGCAGCUCCCCCACCUGCCCGAGAAGACGUCAGAAUCCUCGGAGACCUCCGACUCCGAAUCAGACUCUAAAGACACCUCAGGUAUUACAGAGGACAACGAGAACUCCAAGUCGGACGAGAAGGGGAACCAGUCCGAGAACAGCGAAGACCCGGAGCCCGACCGGAAGAAGUCGGGCAACACGUGCGACAACGACAUGAACUGCAACGACGACGGCCACAGCUCCAGCAACCCGGACAGCCGCGACAGCGACGACAGCUUCGAGCACUCGGACUUCGAGCACCCCAAGGCGGGCGAGGCGGGCUUCGGCGCGCUCGGGCCCAUGCAGAUCAAGGUGGAGCGCUUCGUGGAGAGCGAGUCGGACCUGCGGCUGCAGAACUGCGAGUCGCUCACGUCGGACAGCGCCAAGGACUCGGACAGCGCGGGCGAGGCGGGCGCGCAGGCCUCCAGCAAGCACCAGAAGCGCAAGAAGCGGCGGAAACGGCAGAAGGGCGGCAGCGCCAGCCGCCGGCGCCUGUCCAGCGCCUCGAGCCCCGGCGGCCUGGACGCGGGCCUGGGGGAGCCCCCGCGGCUGCUGUCCUCCCCCAACAGUGCCUCGGUGCUCAAGAUCAAGACGGAGAUCUCGGAACCCAUCAACUUCGACAACGACAGCAGCAUCUGGAACUACCCGCCCAACCGGGAGAUCUCCAGGAACGAGUCUCCCUACAGCAUGACCAAGCCCCCCAGCUCCGAGCACUUCCCGUCCCCGCAGGGCGGCGGCGGCGGCGGCGGCGGCGGCGGGGGCGGGGGGCUGCACGUGGCCAUCCCCGACUCGGUCCUCACCCCGCCCGGCGCCGACGGCGCCGCCGCCCGCAAGACUCAGUUCAGCGCCUCGGCCACCGCAGCCCUGGCCCCCGUCACCUCCGACCCGCUGUCGCCCCCCCUCUCGGCGUCCCCGCGGGACAAGCACCCCGGGAGCGGCGGCGGGGGCGGCCCCAGCGCGUCCAACUCCUUGCUGUACACUGGGGACCUGGAGGCGCUGCAGAGGUUGCAGGCGGGCAACGUCGUGCUGCCGCUGGUGCACAGGGUGACCGGGACCCUGGCGGCCACCAGCACGGCCGCGCAGAGGGUCUACACCACGGGCACCAUCCGCUACGCGCCCGCCGAGGUGACCCUGGCCAUGCAGAGCAACCUGCUGCCCAACGCGCACGCUGUUAACUUCGUGGACGUUAACAGCCCCGGCUUCGGCCUCGACCCCAAGACGCCCAUGGAGAUGCUCUACCACCACGUGCACCGGCUCAACAUGUCGGGACCGUUCGGCGGCGCCGUGAGCGCGGCCAGCCUGACGCAGAUGCCCGCCGGCAACGUGUUCACCACGGCCGAGGGACUCUUCUCCACGCUGCCCUUCCCCGUCUACAGCAACGGCAUCCACGCGGCACAGACACUGGAGCGCAAGGAGGACUGAGCGCCCCCAGCGCGGGGCGCUUCCGCUCGGGGGAGGCAUCGUCGGCGUUUUCGUUUAGACCUUUAAUUCUAGCACUUUGAAUUCCAGCAGGUCAGCGUCUUCUCUCCACACGACGGUCCCCGUUCCAUCCCCUCUUUCUUUAACUUGACUUAUUCUUUCCUGUAAAGAUAUGUUUAUUUUUUGCCUUCAGAGGGUCAGAGGACCAGUUGCCUGCCGUUUUGUCUUCUUCUGAGAUGUGUGUUGGGUUGUUUUGCUUUCCUUUGCAUCUUUAUUAAGAUGUCUUUAAUGUGUAUAUGCCUCUGCCAUAGAAUACUCAGUCUUGUGGUCAAGAGAUUGCUCAAGUGACAACCAUGGGGUUUUCUUCCUAAAGAUCUUGAUAUGAUCAAGAUUGAAAGAGACAAGCAUAAACAAUGUGCCCUGUUUGACUAAGUCAAAUGAAAUGGGGUGGUUUUUUUGUUUUUGUUCCUAAUUCCUU